AUGGCAAAAGGGUUGCGAUCUCAUAUCCAUAAGGAAACAAAGCUCGUGAAGGUGCUCUACCGUUACAAUGAUCGCACAGUCAGAAAGAGGUCGACGACGAGCGCGCGGCUCAACAACACAACGGUGGCGGUCAGUGGCGGCACUGGCGGUGGGAGUUUGGUGCUAUGGGCUUUUCGGCUUGCUGGCGGUGGCGUCUCUUGGCGUUGGAGAAACGAGAGACGAGGAAGAACAAGAGUAGCAGAGUGGAGUGACUGGACGGUAGCACAUGUCUUUGGACACGUCGUUCUGCGCCAACAAUCAAGACCACCUCAGCCCAUCGCAUUUCUGGUCUGCUGCUUCAGCCCAUGCCCGGACGCUGUUGGUAUCAUCUACGCUGGUGGGGAGGAGGGACCGGGAGGAAAGGGGCCCUCAAUUGAGACUUCUGAUGGAGACGAAAGACACCAAGGACGUAGCGCGAGAGUUGCACACGUAUGGGCUGCGCCGACGCCAGGGAAACACGCUACCAACGCUGCGUCACUCAUCCGCGGCGGCAAUCCUGGGGAAUCUCACCAGGGCAGCUAA